CUUACGAUACGCUCACCACCGAAUAUGAUAAAAAAUUCAUCUAAACUCUGCCGUCCAAACUCCAAAUUCAUAAAGCGAAACGAAUCACAUCCAUCCAAAGACAACAUGGAAUUGCUCCGAUUUGCGUGCGCGACGGCGCCACCCCCAUCGACUUCGAUCGCAGCACUGUUCCUCUCCAACGCCCAUAGGAAGAAGAAGCAGCGGAAUGCAUGCUCAAUCCGAGCUCAACUUAGCGAUGAAAACGACCCAUUGCUUAACUCGGCCAUCAACUCAGCUUCUCUUCGUUUUCAAGAGACCCGACGGCCAGACCCUCUUUUUGUUGACCCAUAUGCCGGGUGUUUUGUUUUGCCCCACACUCGGAUGGAUUUGGAAAACAAAUCGAAACAGUAUUGCAUUGCGACCAAAUUCAUUGAUGACAAGCUGCUUCGUACUGUGAACCACAUGGAUGGGCUUAAACAGGUUGUUCUUUUAUCAGAUGGAAUGGAUACUCGGCCAUACAGGCUUAAUUGGCCAAGCUCAACCAUUAUAUUCGAUAUAUCCCCUAAAAGGGUAUUCCAAAAGGCCACAGAAAAGCUGAAUGGUAUCGGUGCGAAGAUCCCGAGAAGAUGUUUACUUCUUCAUGUUCCAUUGGAAUCACCUAACAUUCAAGAAACUUUGGUUAUGAAAGGCUUUAAUGGUAAUCGUCCGAGCAUAUGGGCGAUACAGGGACUGCCUGUGAUGACUUUGGCAAGUUUUGAAGAGAUUUUAUUAACAGCCAGUGGAAUGGCCAUGAAGGGUUGCCACUUCUUGGGAGAGUUGCCUGCAUGGUUGGCAGAGACCGAAUUUGGUAACAAGUCCAGUACACAGAAAUGGAUGGACAAUCUGUUCAUGAGCAAUGGUUUCAAGGUGGAAAUGAUUAGCUACGAUGAAGUAGCUAAACGUUUAGGUAAGGUAGUGAAACCGGGAGAUUCUGAGAACAUACUAUUUGUUGCAGAGCAAUUGCGGUGUUCGGAUGAUCAGAUGGAAACUUGGAGGAGAGAGCUUCAAAGGGUGGAGGAAGAUGGAGACGAGGAAGGGUUUGAGGAGCUCUAAAUGUAAAAAUGUUUUUUUGGGGGUUUGUUUUCUGCAAUGA